GGAGUCAUCUGUAUAUAUGACAUCUGAUGGCCCCGCCACUCAGCUAACCCAUCCACACAUGAAAUAAUAAGUAGACAAGUGCAUUGAAAAUUGUAAGUGUGACAGAAAGGUCACCACGUGAUUGCUACUAUUAUAUCGUUUUACUAUUUUGUUCUCCCAACAAUGUAUAGCUCAAAUUUAUACUAUAGGCUGUUCAUAUCCCGUAACAAAAUAUCCAUUAAUUUAUGAAUUUGAUAAAAUUCUAACUUACUGCAGUGCCCUACAAAUAAUAGUUUGGCCCAUCUGUGGUGAUGACUGUUCUGGAAGAUCUUUCUGAUGUUGAAUAACUAAUAUUGUGUUUCAAUGUUACUAUUAGGUUGGUGCAAAAAUAAUUGCGAUUUUUGCCAUUAAUCACAACUACAUUUGUGCGAACCUAAUAGUAAUGUAACAUUCUGUAUCUAACAUUUGUGGACACUGAUCGAAUAUGCAGUAUUCGGGGGAGAAGUUGGUGGAAGAGAUGUGUGUUGUUUUGUGAAAGAUAGUAUUCUGAGGGAAGGCAGAAAAGGGAUAUACGUAUAAGAAAAUAGUGGAUCUUGAUCAGAUGCACACUUGUUCCUAUUUACAAGAAGUCUACUCUGUGUUACUGAACAAAUCAACUUACAUGAAGUCAACUAAUUCCAAAGAAUUUACCAUCUAGAGAAAUUCACAUUUGUAAUAAUAAAUAGUUUUCUUAAUGACAGAAAUUUUAUAAUAUGUCUUUUUUACUUUAUAGCUAUAACCGUAGAGUUAUAAAAUCUAAAUACAGACAAGCCUACCCAGUGUUUGAUUAUAUUCAAUGAUGUUUAAAAGUAAUGGCCUCUCUUUUGUUCUUACUGGGAAAAUUAUCAUUAGCACAGUGCUUCAUGCAGGCUCUUAUUACUUCUAUCUCCCAUUGUUAUGAUUGGCAAAGCACAAAGCCAUGCUCAAAUUAGAAUGCUUGGGCACAUUGCAGUAUUUAUCACAGGGUGGACUGGAUACUGAGUUUCUUAAUUUUUAAAUAUUUCUUUCCAAUGCAAAAUUCAUGAAGGCUUAAUGUUGGGAAAUGUCUGAAUGGCUAUAAAUUCCCUUCCUAAUUCCCUCCCCUCAAUGCAUACCCAUUUUUUUUGGCUCAUUCUUAGAACUGUAGCUGUUCUUGAAUCUUUGAUGGGUUGAAGCUAAUCCACAUUCAGAUUUUACAAUCUCAUAUAAUUGCCAAAAUUCUACCCCUCAAAACACUUGUUUCUUUCUUUUUUUUCUCUUACAUUUCCUCAAAGAAAAUUAGUGAAAAAACAAUUUUUUAUUUGGUCUGAAACUUUAUGGUGGAAAUCUGAGGACAGGAAGAAAUUUAGGGACUUGUUCAUGCACUUUUGAUUUGGCGAAUGCCUGGAAUAUAUUUUUUUCUCUCUGCACAAUGCAAAGUAGUUGCACUCACAAAGUAUCAAUUAGAAAAAGAAAUUCUUUCCACAUUUCAUCAGAGUUUUAAGUGGUUACACUACAAUAAUCCUCAGCUAUUUGGGAAAUGGUAAAAAAAAAAAAAACUUUGAAGAUCAAGCCAUCAUUAUUAUUUUCACUAAAACCUAAAAAUUCAGCCACAAUAUGUCAAACCAGUUGGGACAGGACUUCCUUCCACUAAUUUAGUUUUUACUGCUGGAUACCUGAUGGGCUACUUACUAUAUCAGGUGUCUGAUAGGGCAAAUUGUACCUGGAGAUAAAAAAAAGAAGAAAAAAACAGGCUCCACCCCCUAGCAGCAGAAUACAGCAGAACAUUUAGGUACCCACAGAACAUAAACCAAAAUGGACUGUAUCCUGGAUUUUAACAAACAUUAAGAAUUUUUUAAAAACUGAAAUCCUGUAGAAUGUAUCCUCCAGCCAAAAUGGCAUCAAAUUAAAAAUAAAAAAGUAAAAUAACAGCAGAAUCUUAAAUACUUGAAAAAUAAACAGCAUACUUUUUUAGUUCUUUUUUUUUACAUUUUUAUUUAUUUUAAGUUCUGGGGUAGGUGUGAAAGAUGUGCAGGUUUGUUACAUAGGUAAAUUUGUGCCAUGGUGGUUUUCCCUACCUAUCAACCCAUCACCUCGGUUUAAGCCCAGCAUGCAUUAGAGAUUUUUCCCGAUGCUCUCCUCUCCCUCCCCCAUCCACAGGCCCCAGUGUGUGUUGCUUACUUCCCUGUGUCCAUGUGUUCUCAUUGUUCAGCUCCUACUUAUAAGUGAGAACAUUAGAUGUUUGGCUUUCUGUUUCUGCAUUAGUUUCCUGAGGAUAAUGGCUUCCUGUUCCAUCCAUGUCCCUGCAAUGGACAUGAUCUCCUUCAUUUUUAUGGCUGCAUAGUAUUCCAUGUUGUAUGGGUACUGCAUUUUCUUCAGCCAGUCUAUUACCGAUGGGCAUUUAGGUUGAUUCCAUGUCUUUGCUAUUGUGAAUAGUGCUAAACAGCAAGCACACUUCUAAGGAGAACGUCUCAAGGGAAACAAUUAAAUAUAUUAAACUGAAUAAAAAUAAAAAUACAACAUAUCAAACUUGAUUUAACACAGUUGACGUCAGUGCUGAGAGGAAAAUGUAUUUCACUAAAUAUGUAUAAUAGAAAAGUAGAAAUCUCUCAAAAAUUCAAGCUAUCACAUCAAGAAAGUAGAAAAUAGUAGCAAAAUAAAAUCAAAACAAAUAUAAGAAAGAAUAUAAUAAGGAUAAGAGCAGAAAUAAAUGAAACAGCCAAAAGAAAACAACAAAGAAAAGCAAAGAAAUAAAGCUGGUUCUUUGAAAAUAUCUAUAAAAUUGACAAACCUAACUAAUAAUGAUAAAGAAAAAAGGGAUGUCAUAAAUUACCAAUUUCAUGAAUGAAAUGGGCUAACAUUAGCAGUAGAACUCAGCAAUGUACACAAAGAAUUACACAGCAUGUCCCAGUGAUGUUUACUCCAGUGACUGCACACCUAGACAUUCAUCCCACUGAAAUAAAAACUUUUUUUUUGCACUUGUAAUUGGCUUCCCCUCUGCUUUUGUUGGCAAGAGCAGGUCGGUGUCCCAGGCUUAGAAUCCAUUUUUCUCUCUCUCCGUCUGUCUCUCUGUCUCCGUCUCUGUCUUUGUCUCUGUCUCUCUCUGUCUCUUUCAUUUUUUGACAGAGUCUUGCUUUGUCGCCCAGGUUGCAGUGAUGCGAUCUCGGCUCACUGCAAGCUCCGCCUCCCGGGUUCACGCCAUUCUCCUGCCUCCCGAGUAGCUGGGACUACAGGCGCCCACCACCAUGCCCGCUAGUAUUUUGUAUUUUUAGUAGAGAUGAGGUUUCACCGUGUUAGCCAGGAUGGUCUUUAUCUCCUGACCUUAUGAUCCGCCCGCCUCAGCCUCCCAAAGUGCUGGGAUUACAGGCGUGAGCCACAGUGCCUGGCCAGAAUGCAUUUUUCCUCCCACACCAAAGCACCUGCAGUAUGGGUGAAGCAGCCUGGAGCCUGGCUGCAUAAGCCUGCACAGCAGGAGGGUCCCAGCAGGAGGGUCGAGGUGCCACUGCCUGGGUCCAGCUCACAGGCUGCCAGGGAGGCUCUGAUCUGGCUCCCUGGUGCUGGCAGUGUCCUGUUCCCAGGAUCUGCACGUGGGGGUGCCUUCCUGCAUCUCCCCAUCAGUGGUAGGUGCUCCUCCCAGCCCCCUCUUGCAGGCCUGGAGACAGCGGCCUGCACCUCAACCCUACUGCAUGCCAGUGAAGCGAAGCACCCCGGGCCAGAAGCCCCACAGCUGUUGGCCCUGGUUUGGACACCAGGCAGGGGGCACCACAGCAGGAGCUAGCAGCCCAGCCCCGAUUCUGUGGCCCCGAGUGCCCCGUUGCUGAUGGCCCUGUGUUCUGGGUGCGGACCAAGGAGGAGCAGGUGUGGAAGGCGCCUCAGGCAGGCCCUGGGCUCCGUGGGCGUCUUGUGGUGGGAGAUUUUGAGGCCAUUUGCAUCCAGCUCCGCCAACCAGAGCUCUAAGCUGCAGCAGCGGCCACCCGCAACAGCGCCACCACUAGUGUCUUGGGGGCUUUCUUCAGAGGAGGCUGUCAGCAUCCUCGAGUUCCAGGCGCUCUAGCCCCAGUCCUGCUUCAAGAGGCUUUUUCCCACCACAGGCUUCUCCUCAGUGGCCAGAAAGCUGGGCCAACUCCCAUGAACUUUGCCAGUAACGCAAGGCUGUCACUGACAUUUGUGGCGCCAAGACUUGCGCACGCGGAUUGCACACAUCGGCCACUUCCUGCACCACGUGCAAUGACACGCGCACGCUUCACGCGCACGCCGCAUAACGUCUGAGGCGCGCGCGCCCCGCACGCGCAUAACGGCUUGGCUUACCUGUAACGGGUACGCUUCGCUUCGCGUUCCUCGCUUGGCCUUGCGUUCCUAGCUUGGCUUGGCUGUUAGUCGCUUUGCCUGGUGUUUCUUGCUUGGAUUGGCGUUUCCUCCCUCGCAUUCCUUUGCUGGGCUUGACCUUUUCUCUGCUGGGUUUGGCAUUCCCUUGACUGGGCUGGGUGUUUCCUUGGGAGGGGGGGCUUGGCCUUUCCUGGGGUGGGCGUGGGGUCCCCCUGGUGGGCGUGGGCUUUCCCCGGGUGGGUGUGGGUUUUCCCUGGGUGGGGUGGGCUGGGCUCCCUUGCUGGGGUUGGCAAGUUUUGGCUGGGAUUGACCUUUCUCUUCAAACAGAUUGGAAACCCAGGGUUUCCUGCUAGUUGGUGAAACUGGUUGGUAGACGCGAUCUGUUCGCUACUACCGGCCUCCCCUGGCUGUUAAAAGCAGAUGGUGGCUGAGGUUUGUUCAAUGCCCGCUGCCUCUGCUGUGAAGAAGCCUUUUGAGCUCAGGAGCAAGAUGGGCAAGUGGUGCCACCACCGCUUCCCCUGCUGCAGGGGGAGCGGCAAGAGCAACAUGGGCACUUCUGGAGACCAUGACGACUCCUUUAUGAAGACGCUCAGGAGCAAGAUGGGCAAGUGUUGCCACCACUGCUUCCCCUGCUGCAGGGGGAGCGGCACGAGCAAUGUGGGCACUUCUGGAGACCAUGACAACAACUUUAUGAAGACACUCAGGAGCAAGAUGGGCAAGUGGUGCUGUCACUGCUUCCCCUGCUGCAGGGGGAGCGGCAAGAGCAACGUGGGCACUUGGGGAGACUAUGACGACAGCGCCUUCAUGGAGCCGAGGUACCACGUCCGUCGAGAAGAUCUGGACAAGCUCCACAGAGCUGCCUGGUGGGGUAAAGUCCCCAGAAAGGAUCUCAUCGUCAUGCUCAGGGACACUGACAUGAACAAGAGGGACAAGCAAAAGAGGACUGCUCUACAUUUGGCCUCUGCCAAUGGAAAUUCAGAAGUAGUACAACUCCUGCUGGACAGACGAUGUCAACUUAAUGUCCUUGACAACAAAAAAAGGACAGCUCUGAUAAAGGCCGUACAAUGCCAGGAAGAUGAAUGUGUGUUAAUGUUGCUGGAACAUGGCGCUGAUCAAAAUAUUCAAGAUGAGUAUGGAAAUACCGCUCUACACUAUGCUGUCUACAAUGAAGAUAAAUUAAUGGCCAAAGCACUGCUCUUAUAUGGUGCUGAUAUUGAAUCAAAAAACAAGUGUGGCCUCACACCACUUUUGCUUGGCGUACAUGAACAAAAACAGCAAGUGGUGAAAUUUUUAAUCAAGAAAAAAGCUAAUUUAAAUGCACUUGAUAGAUAUGGAAGAACUGCCCUCAUACUUGCUGUAUGUUGUGGAUCAGCAAGUAUAGUCAAUCUUCUACUUGAGCAAAAUGUUGAUGUAUCUUCUCAAGAUCUAUCUGGACAGACGGCCAGAGAGUAUGCUGUUUCUAGUCAUCAUCAUGUAAUUUGUGAAUUACUUUCUGACUAUAAAGAAAAACAGAUGCUAAAAAUCUCUUCUGAAAACAACAAUCCAGAACAAGACUUAAAGCUGACAUCAGAGGAAGAGUCACAAAGGCUUAAAGUCAGUGAAAAUAGCCAGCCAGAGAAAAUGUCUCAAGAACCAGAAAUAAAUAAGGACUGUGAUAGAGAGGUUGAAGAAGAAAUAAAGAAGCAUGGAAGUAAUCCUGUGGGAUUCCCAGAAAACCUGACUAAUGGUGUCGCUGCUGGCAAUGGUGAUGAUGGAUUACUUCCACAAAGGAAGAGCAGAAAACCUGAAAAUCAGCAAUUUCCUGACACUGAGAAUGAAGAGUAUCACAGUGACGAACAAAAUGGUACCCAGAAACAACUUUCUGAAGAACAGAACACUGGAAUAUCACAAGAUGAGAUUCUGACUAAUAAACAAAAGCAGAUGGAAGUGGCUGAAAAGGAAAUGAAUUCUGAGCUUUCUCUUAGUCAUAAGAAAGAAGAAGGUCUCUUGCGUGAAAACAGCAUGUUGCGGGAAGAAAUUGCCAUGCUAAGACUGGAACUAGAUGAAACAAAACAUCAGAACCAGCUAAGGGAAAAUAAAAUUUUGGAGGAAAUUGAAAGUGUAAAAGAAAAGAGUGAUAAACUUCUAAAGGCUAUACAAUUGAAUGAAGAAGCAUUAACGAAAACCAGUAUUUAAGUACAGUGGACAGCUUAGGAUUUUGACAACUGAGAAUGCUCAGUUCUGAACUGGAGAAUGUAAGACACAGCUAGGAAACACUGGAAAUGGAAAUUCAAUCAUGUCAUUGUAGACUGACGACUGCUCUACAUGAUUGUGAUCAAAGUCAGAUAGCUGAAAGGGACUUCUUUCCAGAGAACAAACAUCAACAGGUUUAUUUACAGGAGAAAAUGAAUUCUCAUAUAUCUCACCUAAAAGAUAACAGUGAGAUUCUGAACAACUCUAAUGCUGACAGUAAAAUUAACAACCCAAAAAUUAAGCUCCAUCACACAGGAUAAAUUCUGAGAGAAAAGAUGAGGCAGGCCACCAUCUUUCCUGUUUGGGCAACUUAGUCAUUCCAGCGUGCGGGCUUUGGAGAGUACAAACUCACCAGGGGCAGAAGAGAUCCUGUGGCAUAGCACAGCUGCUUUACCAAAUCAUGGCCAGAAUGCUUCUGUAAGCAGGCCCCUGAUCCUGUUCCUCGUCACUGGACAGGAUCUCCCACCUGAGGCCUCCAGCUACACCCACCAGUGUUCCCUGGCCAAUGGAGAUUUGAAACCUACCUGGGACAGAGUUCCCAGAGAGAGGGGUGGGCCAUGACCUUUGUUGUUUGGGCAACUAACCCUUCUGGCCUGUGGGCUUUGGAGAGCCCAAGCUGACCAGGGGUGGAAGUGGUACCUCAGCACAGAACAGCCACCCUGUGAAAACGUGGCCAGACUCUUGUUUAAGCCAGUCCCGAACCACAUUUCUAAUCACUGGGUGGAGCCUUUCAACCAGGGUCUCCAGCCACCUUCACUGCUGUUCUCUGGCUGACAGAGGUUUCAGGCCUCCCUGAGUCAGCGCUCCCAGGGGGAGGACCAGACUGUCAUCUUUGCUGUUUGGAUGACUCAGCCAGUUCAGUCUUAGAGUUUCAGAGUGUCUGAGGAGACCAGGGGCUGAAGUGAACCCCCAGCACAGCAUAGCCACUCUACAAAAACGUGGCCAGACUUCUUUUUUAAACAAGUCUCUAUUCCUGUUCCUCCUGACUAGGCAAGACUUCUCAACUUGCUUCCAGUCACAUCCUACAGGUGUGUUCAGAUUGGCAACAGGUUCAUACCUCAGAGGUACAGAGCUCCCAGAGGAAAGGGCAGGCUAUCGUCUUUGCUUUUUCGCAGGCUUCACUGCUGAUACCUUCAGCCACUGGAAAAUACGAGGCAAUUGGCGACUGGAGUGGACCCCCAGCAUACCACGGCAGCCCCACAGAAAAGUGGCCAGACUGUUAUGUGGGUGCCCAUUUCCAUAUCUCCUUGAUGGGCAGGUCUUCCUGGCCUGGGUCUCCAGCCAGCCCCCCACUUGAGCUUUCAAGCCAGUAGCAACUCAGCAACUCCCUGGACAGAGCUUCCAGGAGCAACAGAAAUCCUCUCUGCCACUGCCUCUGCAGUGGAACUGCCCUUGCUACCCUCAGAAUAUCAAGGGAGCAAAGACCCUAAGUGCCAUAUUGACACCUCCAACAAGCUGCAGUUGACACAAGGAACAAGUCAGUCCAUCUUCCAUGGGUACAACACACCCCUUACUGCUCAUCACCAGACAAGGAACCCUGGCUUGGGCCCACAGCACAGACCCUCCAUCCUGGGGUGAUUACAUUAAGUAACUGCUAACUUACACCUCUCUAGGGUGGAGCCCCCAGGAGACAAGGAAAGUGGUGGAGCCGCAAGUCAGCUGAUGUGGAGCCCGGAGGGCAGGGACAUCUAUGUCUCUAGGCUCCACUUGCUCUUAUGAGACACUUUAUCCCAGCACUUAAGGAGUGCUGAGGUCAGACCAGCCCCAUCUCACGUGCAAGAUUGCCCAGCACAGAUCGGGUCUAAGAGUUCUCUUCCUAAAAAAGGGGACUUGCUUAAAAAAGAAGUCUGGCCGCGUUUGUGUAGAGCAGUUGUGCUGUGCUGAGGAUUCACUUUUGAGAGAGUUCUCCUCUGAGACCUGAUCUCUGCUGGGCAGUCUUGCACAUGAGAUGGGGCUGGUCUGACCUCAGCACCCCUUAGUCUGCUUGCCUCUCCCAGGACCCCAGCCAGGCCACACCUGCUUAGAGGGCACUUUCGGGUGCCCACACCAUAGCUUCUGUACAAGCGGACCGUGGCUGAUCAGUGGAGAGCUGCAGCAAGGUGACCUCUACAGCCACGUACCAGCCUGCACAUUACCUCUCCAUACUGCAGCCCUUUAUAUGGAAACUUCCUACAUCACUUUGCUGUGUGUGUUUACACAGGUGGGUUUUGUUGUACUUGCCCUAACAGCAUAUGGGAAUGCAGCACACACCCCAACCCACACCAACUGCCACUGAAGAUGAAGCCAUGGUGGGCACAGAACCAAAAACCCCACCCCUGCUAGCAUCUCACUCUUGAGGUAAUGCUGUGCAGAGGAAAAGGGACCUUCUUAUACCCUGAGUGACCACUGUUGCUUGGGGGGGAUCAGAGAAGGCACCUUCACUGGCCAGCCACCCACCCCAAACCAGCACUACCUCCAGUGCAACAGCACACACAGUCAGCAGGGGCCCCCUGGCCCACACCCCAGCUAUUUUUCCUCUACCACUAGGUGAAUGCCCACAGGGAGGCAGGGACUUUUGCAUCUGCUAGCAUUCUGCCACAGCUGCCGCACUUUGGUCCCCUCAGUGCAGUGGACUCCAAACCUCGAGGAGCCAGAGAACAAAGUUGUGGCCCAAUACAAGUUCCCCAGAGUUAAAGCACACAGUCCAAGAAUUGGGAGCUGCAUGUUGGCCCCUUAAAAUCCUCCAAAAACAAAACCUGUUGGCUGAAUCCACCUUACACCACAAUCAAAUCCUCAGGGUCAUCAGAUAUAAUAAAGGAAAAAUACCCUGUCCAAAGGUCAGCAACCUCAAAGAUUGAAGGUGGAUAAGCCCAUAAAGAUGAGAAAAAGACUCUGUGCAAGAACACUGAAAACUCAAAAAUUCAGCAUGCUUUCUUUUCUCCAAAUGACUGCAUCAACUCUCCAGCAAGUGUUCAGAACUGGGCUGAGGCUGAGAUGUCUGAAAUGAUACAAGCAGAGUUCAGGAUAUGGGUAGGAACAAAGUUCCCUGAGUGAAAGAAGUAUGUUGUAAUCCAAUACAAGGAAGCUAAAAAUCAUUGUAAAACAUUGCAGGAACUAACAGACAAAAUAGCGAGUAUAAAGAAAAUAACUGACCUGACAGAGCUGUAAAUCACACUAGAAGAAUUUUCAUAAUGCAGUCACAUGGUGAUUGUGUGUGAUUGCAUUAUGAAAAUUAUUGUAGUAUGUGUGGGCACCUGAGAGUGCCCUGUAAGCAGGUGUGGCCAGGCUGGGGUCCUGGGAGAGGCAAGCAGACUAGGGAGGGCUGAGGUCAGACCAGCUCCAUCUCAUGUGCAAGACCAUCCAACAGAAUAGACCAAGAAGAGGAAAGAAUCCCAGAGCUUGAAAACUGGCUUUCUGAAAUAAAACAGGCAAACAAGAAUGGGGGAAAAAAGAAUGAAAGGGAAUGAACAAAACAUCCGAGAAAUAUGGGAUUAUAUAAACGACCAAAUCUAUGACUGAUUAAUGUACCUGAAAGAGAUGAGGAGAAUGGAACCAACUUGGAAAACACAUUUCAGAAUAUCAUUCAUGAUAAUGUCCCCAACCUAGCCAGACAGGCCAACAUUCAACUUCAGGAAAUCCAGAGAACCUCAGUAAGAUAUGCCAUGAGAAGAUCAUCCCCAAGACACAUAAUCAUCAGAUUCUCUGAGGUCAAAAUAAAAGAAAAAGUGUUAAAGGCAGCUAGGGAGAAAGGCAACAUCACCUGCAAAGGGAAUUCCAUCAGACUUAGCAGACCUCUCAACUGAAACUGUACAAGCCAGAAAAGAUAUUCAACAUCUUAAAGAAAAGAAAUUUCAACCCAGAAUUUCAUGUCCAGCAAAAUUAAGCAUCAUAAGUGAAGGAGAAACAAGAUCCUUUUCAGACAAGCAAAUGCUGAGGGAAUUCAUUAUCACCAGACCUACCUUACAAGAGCUCCUGAAGGAGGCACUAAAUAUUGAAAGAAAAGACCACCACCAGCCACUACAAAAACACACUGAAGUACACAGAUAAGUGAUGCUAAAAACCAACCACAUACAUAAGUCUGCAAAAAAGCCAGCUGACAGCAUGACGACAGGAUCAAAUCCACACAUACCAUUACUAACCUUAAAUGGAAAUGGGCUAAAUGCUCCAAUUGAAAGACACAGGGGGCAAGCUGGAUAAAGAACCAAGACCCAUUGGAGUAUGCCAUCUUCAAGAAACCCAUCUCACAUGCAGUGCCCUACAUAGGCUCAAAAUAAAGGAAUGGAGAAAAAUACUUCAAGGAAAUGGAAAAUAGAAAAAAGCAGGUGUUGCACUCCUAGUUUCUGACAAAACAGACUAUACCAAUAAAGAUUAAAAAAAAAAAAAGACAGAGGGCUGGGCGCGGUGGUUCACGCCUGUAAUCCCAGCACUUUCGGAGGCUGAGACGGAUGGAUCACAAGGUCAGGAGAUCGAGACCAUCCUGGCUAACACGGUGAAACCCCGUCUCUACGAAGAAUACAAAAAAUUAGCUGGGCAUGGUGGCGGGUGCCUGUAAUCCCAGCUACUUGGGAGGCUGAGGCAGGAGAAUGGUGUGAACCUGGGAAGUGGAGCUUGCAGUGAGCCAAGAUCGUGCCACUGCACUGCAGCCCAGGCGAGACAGUGAGACUCCGUCUCAAAAAAAAAAAAAGAGAGAGAAGGAGAUUACAAAGGUGGUCCUGACCUUUGAUAAAUCUCAUUAUUGCUUGAUACCAACCUGGGCUAUCUUUAUUGCCCAAACCAAUAGGAUAAUGUGCUGAGGUUAGGGAGCUUCUCCCCUGCAGAGAAUCCCUGAUCUCCCAAAAUUUGGUUGAUAUCUAAGGUUGAUUGCCAUACAACUCCUUUUCUGAAGUUUUUCUUAUUUCCAACAAGGCAAGUUUUCCUGCUUCCAUGAUGAUGGAGAGCAGGCACCUCCUUUCUUGAGUUUCAGCUUGCUUCUGACAGGGAAGGUGAGUGUAAGUUUUUUCCAGCUUCUAAGAUGGCAGAGAACAAGCACCAGCCUGAGACUUAUUUCCAGGUAAGUAGCUGAAUUAGAGUUUUGUCUUAAAAUUUUUCCUUAAUGACUAAAAUUUAAGAUUACUCACCAGCUGCUUUUAAUUUCUCGUUACCAUUAGAACACUCAGUAAUCAUAUGAAUUGUGCAUUUGUUUGUUUGCUUAACUCUUUUUGUUUGUUUAUGUUUGGGGUUUUGUUGUUAUUGUUUCACUUUUCUCCCAUCUCUUCCUGACUUGGUCAAAUCCAAAGAAUGCUCCAAAUUGUGGGGAACAAGGCUUCUGAAUUAGCUAAAAGUCAUGUGGCUGAAAAAUUCCAGUUAGCAGAAAUGAUUUUUUUUAACUUUUUUAUUUUUAUUUUUUACAUAAGUGGUUGCAUCUUUUGCUAGCCAAGGCCAAACUGAGGGAGUAGUGGUGGUGACCCAAAGUUAAGAUUCUGCCCUGUUCACUACAGAAACCUGAGUUUGGUUCCUAAGUCUAGUUCUUUCUGUUUGAUAUUUGUGUUACUUUUAAAAUAUCAGCAGUUUGUCCCAGCUAUGAUGUGGUAGUAAAAGAUUCAGAAGUAUUUUCUUUACAAGUUCUAUGUUGAAAAGCUUAAUUAAAAGCAAAUUUCUUUUUUUUAAAUUAUACUUUAAGUUCUGGGGUACAUGUGCAGAACAUGCAGGUUUGUUACAUACGUAUACACAUGCUAUGGUGGCUUGCUGCAUGCACCAACCCAUGAUCUAAUGCCAUCCCUUUUCUAGCCCCCCACCCUGACAGGCCCUUGUGUGUGAUGUUUCCCUUCCUGUGUCCAUGUGUUCUCAUUGUUCAGGUCCUACUUAUGAGUGAGAUCAUGUGGUGUUUGGUUUUCUGUUCUUCUGUUAGUUUGCUGAGAAUGACAGUUUCCAGCUUCAUCCAUGUCCCUGCAAAGGAUAUGAACUCAUCCUUUUUUAUGACUGCAUAGUAUUCCAUUGUGUAUAUAUGCCACAUUUUCUUUAUCCAGUCUAUCAUUGGUGGGCAUUUGGAUUGGUUCCAAGUCUUUCCUGUUGUGAACACUGCCGCAAUAAGCAUACGUGUGCAUGUGUCUUUAUAUUGGAAUGAUUUAUAUUUUUUUGAGUAUAUACACUGUAAUGGGAUUGCUGGGUCUAAUGGUAUUUCUAGUUGUAGAUCCUUGAGGAAUCAUCACACUGUCGUCCACGAUGGUUGAACUGAUUUAUACUCCCACCAACAGUGUAAAAGCAUUCCUAUUUCUCCACACCCUCUCCAGCUUCUGUUGUUUCCUGAUUUUUUAAUGAUGGCCAUUCCAAGUGGCGUAAGAUUGUAUCUCAUUAUGGUUUUGAAUUCCAUUUCUCUAAUGACCAGUGCUUUGCUUCACAUGUUCAUUGGCUGCAUAAAUGUCUCCUUUGGGAAGUGUCUGUUCAUAUCCUUUGCCCGCUUUUUGAUGGGGUUGUUUUUUUCUUGUAAAUUUGUUUAAGUUUUUAUAGAUUCUGCAUAUUAGCCCUUUGUCAGAUGGAUAGAUUGCAACAAUUUUCUCCCAUUCUGAGGGUUGCCUGUUCACUCUGAUGAUAGUUUCUUUUGCUGUGCAGACACUCUUUAGUUUAAUUAGAUCCCAUUUGUCAAUUUUGGCUUUUGUUGCCGUCGCUUUUGGUGUUCUAGUGAUGAAGUCUUCGCCUAUGCCUAUGUCCUGAAUGGUAUUGCCUAACACAAGGACAUUUCUGUGCCUGAAUGCCAUAUCUCCCAAAGUAAUUUAUAGAAUCAGUGCUAUCUCCAUCAAGCUACCAUUGACUUUCUUCCCACAAUUAGAAACACUACUUUAAAUUUCAUAUGGAGCCAAAAAAGAGCUCGCGUAGCCAAGACAAUCUAAGCAAAAAGAACAAAGCUGGAGGCAUCACAGUACCUGACUUCAAACUAUUCUACAAGGCUACAGUAACCAAAACAGCAUGGUACUGGUACCAAACCAGAUAUAUAGACAAAUGGAACAGAACAGAGGCCUCAGAAAUGACACCACACAUCUAAAACCAUCUGAUCUUUGACAAACCUGACAAAAACAAGCAAUGGGGAAAGGAUUCCUUAUUCAAUAAAUGGUGUUAGGAAAACUGGCUAGCCAUAUGCAGAAAACUGAAACUGGGCCGCUUCCUUACACUUUAUACAAAAAUUAACUUAAGAUGGAUUGAAGAGUUAAACUUAAGACCUAAAACCAUAAAAAACCUAGAAGAAAACCUAGGCCACCAAACUCAGGAGAAAUGUACUUGUAGUGAAAUGCAUGGUACAAACACACAUUCCCUGCUUCCUUAAGUGGGUGAGGUUGGUGGCUGGUCCACCUGCUCCAGGUGGAUCCUUGCAGAGGUGGCUGGUUGCUCUUUGAGCCAGCUUGGCCUUGCCUGGCAUUCACAAGCCUCAGUGCAACAACUGUGCUACAAAUGGAGCCACGCAGAAAAUGACCAGCAGGCUCAGGAGCAGGGUGUACACUGCCUUUGGGGCUCCAGUCCAUGCCUCAGGGCUCAUAUGGCACUGUGGGCUUCAUGGUUGCCAAGAGGCAGAUCACAGGCCAUCUUGUGGAGGACUUUAUGUUCAAGUGCAGAAAGCAGCCAGGAUUACAACCUAGGAGACUCAGCCUUUUGUGACCCUGGCCAGACUUAGAAUUUGGCCCCAGGCAUGACACACUCACACAGAGCAGCGUGUCAGUACCUGGGGCCUGUGCAUGCCAGGCAAAGCCAAGCUGGCUCAAAGAGCAACCAGCCACCUCUGCAAGGGUGCGCCUAGAGCAGUUGGACCAGCCGUCAAUCUCACCCCCUCAACGAAGCCGGGAUGGCCAGGUUCCCACAGCCUGAGUGGCUGCCACCUGAUGGCUGAUGGAGCAGAGGCCUGAGGAAAAGCAGAUGGCACUGGGGCCCUACCUUUAGGGUAGAAGAACUGAGGUACCAUGUCCGGCAGCAAGUGAAGUUGGUGGCUGGUCCACCUGCUCCUGGCACACCCUUGAAGAGGUGGCUGGUUGCUCUUUGAGCCAGCUUGGCCUUUCCCAGCAUGCACAAGUCUCAGUGCAACAACUGUUCUACAAAUGGAACCACACAGAGGACAUUAGAGGCAGGCUUAGGAGCAGGGUGUAUGCUGCCUUUGGUGCUCCAGUCUAUGGCUCAGGGCUCAUAUGUCACUGCGGGCUUCUUGGUUGCCAAGAGGCAGACCACAGGCUGUCUUGAGGAGGACUUUAUGUUCGAGUACAGAAAGCAGCAGGAUUACCACCCAGGGGACUUGGCGUUCUGUGGCCCUGACCAGACUUAGAAUUUGGGCCAAGGCAGGACAAGCUCACUCACAGCAGCAUGUCAGUAGCUGGAGACUAUGCAUGCCAGGCAAGGCCAAGCUGACUCAAAUAGGAACCAGUCACCUCUGCAAGGGUGCACCUGGGACAUGUGGAGCAGCCACCAACCUCAGCUACUCAAGGAAGUAGGGAUGGCCAAGUUCCCACAGCCUGAGUGGCUGCCUCCUGAUGGCUGAUGGAGCAAAGGCCUGAGGAAAAGUGGAUGGCACUGGGGCCCUACCUCUAGGGUAGAAGAACUGAUGUGCUCUGACCUGCAACAAGUGAGUUUGGUGGCUGCUCCACCGGCUCCUGGCACACGCUUGCAGAGGUGGCUGGUUGCUCUUUGAGCCAGCUUGACCUUGCCUGGCAUACACAAGCCUCAGUGCAACAUCUGUGCUAGGUAAGGAGUCACAGAGAGGAAAUGAGCAGCAGGCUCAGGAGCAGGGUGUGCGCUGCCUUUGGGGCUCCAGUCCAUGCCUCAGGGCUCGUGUGGCACUGCGGGCUUCUUCGUUGCAAAGAGGCAGACCACAGGCCAUCCUGAGGAGGACUUGAUAUUCAAGUGCAGAAAGCAGGCAGGAUUACCACCCAGGGGAAUCUGCCCUGGACAGAGAUAAAAUAUGGGCCAAAACAGAACAAUCUCACUCAGAGCAGGAUGUCGGUAGCUGUGGCCUGUGUAUGCCAGGCAAGGCCAAGGUGGCUCAAAGAGCAACCAGCCACCUCUG